AUGGCUACAACAGGAAAGAUAGUGCGUGAAGUUGAAGUGAAAUGUCAUCGUCACCAGGUCCAUGGAGUCUACAAGAACAACCAUAACGAUUUGGCAGUCAUUGCCCCAGAUAAGGUUGAAGCUUGCCAUUUAGUUUCUGGUCAAUGGGAUGCUCCUGGGUCUGUAAUUCAAUGGAACUUCUACCUGGGUUUUUCCGUAGAUGGAAAAGUGGAAACUGCGAAAGUAAUCAUUGAAGAAGUUGACGAUGAAUUUCACAAAAUUGUGUACAAGGUGAUAGAAGGAGCUGUGUUGGAGUUCUAUAAUCCCGUAAUCCUCACUUUCAGUACUGAAGAUAAGGGGGAUAAGAAGUUGGUUAUAUGGACUAUGGAGUUCGAGAAAGUGAAUGCAAGUCUUCCUGAUCCAACACACUAUCUGGACUUGCUUUGUGCAGUCGUCGAAGAUGUGGAUGGUCAUCUUUUCAAAAGAACCACCAACAGUGUCCGGUGGAACCACCAUCAUCGUCAUCAUAAUCUCCGGCGAGAUGUUUGUAAAGGAUUUCUGGAUCUGAAGGAUCGCCAUCAUCCCGUCUCCGAUGGAACCAUCAACGACUCAAUAACCAUUGCCGAUGGAACCACCAAAUCUGCAAUCACCAUCACACUAGUCUCCAAAGAAAGACCCAGCCACAGUCUCCACCAUCACAAAAACCCUGAAACAGCUUGUCCAAUCACUCCUCCACCACCGAGAAUCAUCGUUAAAACCCCUACAAUUACUGUAGCAAAAAUCGAACCCACAACCCAAUGA